AGAAGAGACCCCAGCCCCCACUCCAGCUGCAGAGGAGCCAUCUCCGGUGUAAGUUCAGACAACUCUGCUUUUCUCUUGCCUACCGUCACCGCUCACGUUUAGGUUGCCAUAGCAACGAGAACUUUGUUUGACCUUGCCUUGUCUUGUUUUCCGUUUUAGCCUAGACAUUAUUCACACAGCUUGUGACGUACUGUCUGCGUGCCAUUCUUUUAAUCUAGACAUUGUUACACACCGUAUGACGUAGCGUCUGUGUGUGUUUUGCCGUGCCAGUAUUGAAUAUUGCUCAUUUCCUCAGUGUAUAGCUAGACUAGAAAAUAGCUGCUCACCAUCCCCCCCCCCCUUCCAAAACCUUUUUUUAAGUGUUUGAGAUUCAAUAAUGUUCACACUGUAAUUAGGUGAUGUAGUGAAUGGUGUUUGAGGUAUUGUGUACAACCGGUGUUAUCAUGAAUGCAACGGUUGGUAGAGAAUGAUCAUGUAGAUGUUGGUUAAAUUCACAUAAGGCAAGAGGUCAAGGACCUUCGAUUAUGAAGAACGUGUUAUUUUUAAUUUUUUAAAAAUAAAAAAUACAGAAUUAACAAGAUUUAAAUUUGGAGAUUCAAUUAAUAAACUAGAAAUCAUGGAAAUUUGACAGGAGAUAUCAGUGAAUUAAAUAAAAACCUAAUGUAACAGAUUAAAGUGAUUACUCUAAAGAUUAUAUCAAAUUAACCUGCCGAGCUUAAUCUUAAUCAUUCUUCCCGUAACAGUCCGAAAUUUCAAUGUACUGAAGGAAGAAUCGACAUUGUAAGCAUUUGACAUAAUAUAACGGAAACAAAUUCUACUUCUUUGAUUGAAAGGAUGAGUACGUCUGAAACAAACUAGGCAUUGAAGGUGAAGGUGAAGGAUGCCAGCCCGAACAUUUGACCUUUGGAUGUACAGAAAGCUUUAGUGCAUGCCCUUUUUUGUUUCAAGCUACAAACUGGCGUUGUUAACAUUGUUAACUCAUUGGACUCAUUUCUAAUUAAUUGUUAACUAAAGUUAUCUUUUCAACACAAAUUUUUACUUUUAAAAAAACAUUUUUAAUUUUAAAAAAAAUUCAAUGACCAAAUUCUGUGCGGCUAAAAAAUGCAGCAAUUUUUUUUAUGUUAACUCCCUUUGAACACACAAUCGCAUCCUGACUAGUUGUUAGCUCCCUUUGAUCCCCCACAAACCGUAUCCUGACGUAGUUCUAUCUAGGUGAUUGAUUGCAUAUUGAUAUCUAUUCAUCAGAUCUACCUUUCGUAUUCCUGACUACUUUCUUUGUUUGUUUUUUUUUUUUUAAAAAGGAACACCUUGAUAUUUUGCUAUUUUCAAAUCUGCUAUUGAAUCAUUUGCCAUAAUCUUGAUCAAAUUUUACUAAUUAUUUUCACUAAUAAUUUUUUUUUUUUUAAUGAGUGUAAUCAUUUUUGUAAAACAUGAAUCUUGUAUGAAAAAAGAAAUCAAUUUCUUUCUAUUGCUCAAAUGCACUUGAAUAUUAUAUUUUGAGUUCCCUUCUGAAUGGAUUGCUGUGUAUUGGAUUAUGCUUCUAUAUUUUUUUCAUUUGUUAAAGAAAAAUAACUAUCCAUUAUAAAUUUAGAUAUAAUAAUCCUAUUUAUAAUCAGACAAUUAUUUUAAAAUUUAAUCUUUCAUCCUUAAUCAUCUUAUUUAUGUCAGCUUUCCCUUUUUUUCGCAUGAUUACAAACCUCAAUUAUAAAAGACAAAGGACAACCACUUUGCUUCAAUAAAGUAACUACAAGAAGUCACAAAGAUGCAUACAGGCUACUGACGACAAAUGUAAUUCAUUCACUGCUGAAACCUAAGCCUAACUGGGUCCCCGGACAUUGCUAGAUAGAAAUGUUUGAUAGUUAAACCAGAUUCUAUUGUGAUGAUCUGAAUUAAGAAGCAUAGACAUGCGCUUAAAAUGUAGUCUUCUACUUUCAAUCUUUUCAAUAAUUUACUCAAUUUUACUCAACAAAAACAUUUGGUUGAUAUAAAAUCUCUCAUGCAUCUAAAGUCCUAGGGUUUAGCCAAAACACAAAAAAUGCACAAGUAAAUAAGUCUAGAAAAAUACAAUGGUUUAGCCACACAAAAAUGCACAAGAAUCUUUGACUAGCCAAGUCUUAGGGUGGUGCCACACACAAAAAAUGCACCAGAAAAUAAGUCUAGAAAAGUCCUAGGGGUAGCCACACACACAAAAAAUGCACCAGAAAAUAAGUCUAGAAAAGUCCUAGGGGUAGCCACACACAAAAAAAAAUGCACCAGUAAUUAAGUCUAGAAAAGUCCUGGGGGUAGCCACACACAAAAAAUGCACCAGUAAAUAGGUCUAGGAAAGUCCUAGGGGUAGCCACACACACAAAUGCACCAGUAAAUAAGUCUAGAUAAAAAAAAAUGCACAAGUAAUUAAGUCUAGAAAAGUCCUGGGGGUAGCCACACACAAAAAAUGCACCAGUAAAUAGGUCUAGGAAAGUCCUAGGGGUAGCCACACACACACAAAUGCACCAGUAAAUAAGUCUAGAAAAGUCCUAGGGGUAGCCACACACAAAAAAAUGCACCAGAAAAUAAGUCUAGAAAAGUCCUAGGGGUAGCUACACACAAAAAAAUGCACCAGAAAAUAAGUCUAGAAAAGUCCUAGGGGUAGCCACACAAAAAAAAAAUGCACCAGUAAUAAAGUCUAGAAAAGUCCUAGGGGUAGCCACACACUCACAAUGCAGCAGUAAAUAAGUCUAGAAAAGUCCUAGGGGUAGCCACACACACAAAAAUUCACAAGAAAAUAAGUCUAGAAAAGUCCUACAAUUUUCAAACGCCCUACGAAAUUAAUUCCCUUGCUGUUUACGCAGACAACGCCACGAAGAGAGAUCACAUGAUCUUGGAGAUGCGCCGUAAGUUGCCAGAAUGACCGAGUGGAUUUUUUUUUUUCGUGGUGGAUACUGUGGAUUUUUUGGGCAUUUUUUUCUUGUUUCUUUACAUCCAAUAAUCCACUCUUCUGUUCCAGGUGUUUAGUUUUGUAUCAACUAUUUUGCUGUAUUUUGUUUUUUUCACAAUUAUUUUCUUUUAUCGCCAAAUUCUCAUUUACUUUAAUUUUUUUUUCUUUCUUAGGAAUCCAAUCCAUAUUUUACUGACGAUAUUUUAACAUUUCUUUUUUUUUUUUUUUAAACAUCCAUGAAUAAAAUAAAUAGCUUAAAUGACACAUUUGUAUCCUUUUUUUUCUAUAAUUAAUUUUUAUUUAUAAAUAUGAUUAUUUAAUACAAUUUUCCGUUAUAUAUAUAUUUUUUUAAAAAGUGGUUGCUUUUUUUUAUUUUUCUGUUUUUUUUUUUUUUUACUAUUUUUUUUUUUUUUUGCCAAAUUCUUAUUUUCUUUAUUUUUUUUUUCUUUCUUUGGAAUCCAAUCCAUAUUUUACUUACGAUAUUUUAACAUUUCUUUUUUUUUUUUUUUAAACAUCCAUGAAUAAAAUAAAUAGCUUAAAUGACACAUUUGUAUCCUUUUUUUUCUAUGAUUAAUUUUUAUUUAUAAAUAUGAUUAUAUAAUACAAGUUUCCGCUAUAUAUAUAUUUUUUUAAAAAGUGGUUGCUUGUUUGCAGAGGCGUAGCGUGGUGGGGGCAGGGGGGGGGGACAGAUGUCCCCGGGCGCCAGCUAGUUAGGGGCGCCAAAAUGGGCUUUGAUAUUAUUUCAUUGAUGAAAAUAAUGGGUUUGAGAUUUUAAAAAAAAAAGAAAAAGGGGCGCUAAAAAUGUAUCUAGUCCCCGGGCGCGAAUCUUGUCCCCAGGCGCCAAACCCCCUCGCUACGCCACUGCUUGUGUGAUUAAAGUGCUUGCUUUAGACCUCUACUGCUGAGUUUAACUCGAUCGUCCUUUGAACACACUGACCUUUCGGUGGCUUUUUCUUUACAUUAUUAUUCAUUCUGAUUUCUACUAACUUGAUUAAACUGCAGCUUAAAGUUUAUAUUUGGAUUAAAUAAGAUGAAACACUAAUAAUUAUAAACACUUUACAAACACAAUAAACAUGAACAGUAACGCAACUUCUGAAUGAACUCACAAUUUGAAGCAUUUUUGAAUUUCUGUGUCUUGACUGACUUUUUCUGUUUUGAAGUAUCGAUAUGUUUGACUGCAAAUAAUUACCUUUUUUUUUUUUUUUUUUAAAAGAGCUAUAUUUUGCACAAUUCUUGAGAAUUGUACAGUAUGCUGUUAAUGAGUCGUAAUUCAAUCACAAUCUUCUCAAUUAAUUAUUAUUCUUGGAAAAGUAAAAACAAUCAAUAAAUACAACACAAUUUGAGUGUGGUGGCUAAAAUUACUGACAUCUUCAAAAAUUCGGGAAAUACUUAAUUCUUGUGUUUUGUUUUUGCUUGGGGUGGGGGGGGGGUGGAAGAGUUCAAGAGGAGGGGGGGGAUGGUUGGGGGCCAGAAGGAAUUAAAUAUUUUUUUUUUUUUUAAGAAGUGCUUUCUGGUUUCCACUUUCUCUAAAAAAUUACACCCCCCCCCCCUGCAAGUCUGCUUUUUGUUUCAUCCAUAUGAUCCACUGCCUUAAAUCCAAUACAAAUGAUUUGUCUUUUCCAAUCCACUUGAUCUAUAAUGUGAAUCCAUCUCAGAACUUUUCCUAUACUCGUGAUUUUUAGACCAGACAACUUGUCUUUUAUUCAACUGUUGUUUUGUAGUCAGCCAUCUUUAUCACUCUGUGCAGUGCUUUCUGUGCAGUGCUUUCUGUGCAGUGCUUUCUGUGCAGUGCUUUCUGUGCAGUGCUUUCUGUGAUGUGGUUUUCCAAAUGAAGGCAAUUUUUAAAAAUAUUUUACACAACUGUCAAUUAUCAUAGUUAACAGUAAUCUUUAACAAUACUUGAGAGAGAGAAGAAAUCAAUUAUUUCUGUGACUGAAAAGAAAACAAUGUAAAAAAAAUAAAUUGAUAGUAUCGUCCAAUCGUUCUGAUUAUGUAAAGAAAUCAAGAAAACUAUUUUUUCUUUCUAAUCUUAAAUUAUCGAUUUGAUUAUGUUGAUUGGUAAUGUGUCAUGGAUGCACGAGUUUUCAUCACUGCACAAAUGUCAUUUGUGAUCUUGCCAUUGCUGCAAAUGUGUCACUGAUGAACUUGUCAUUGUUGCAAAAAUGUCAUUGAUGAACUUUGCAUUUAUCUAUCCCUAUCACGUUCUGUCUAUCCGCCGCUGACGUUUCAAGGUCGGAGUCCCAGGAAGGAGGAUCGUCGGUGUGAGUGUUUACUCAGGGCAUGAUGCCUUUUGGAGCAUACGUUAGACACUGUCGCAAGGGCAUGAUGCCUUUUCGGGGCAUACUUUAGACACUGUCGCAAGGGCAUGAUGCCUUGUAGAAGCAACGUUGUGAAGGGUCACGAGAGCAUGCUCCUCAUUAGAAUAAUAAUUGUUAAAAGUGUUUGUGAAUGCUUCCCAUGGGCCGGAUACAUAGUAAAAGAUUGGUUGGAAAUCAGAUGUUUGUCCUUCCGUUUCUUCACCAAAAUGGAUGUUUCUUCAGAUGAUUGUUCAGAUGCUGAUUACCUUAAGAGGACAGAGCAUGACACAGAUUACACAUGGCUUCUUGCACAAGUAGUUCCUGUUAGAAAAUUUCACCACAUGGUUUCUAUUUUUAGACUGUUCUUUUUUUUUUUUUUUAGAAUAGUUUAGCUCCUCCCACUCUGUGUUACAGCACCAGUUCACCGACGUGUGCAAAGAGAGAGAGGGGAGGGAGAGAGGGGGAAAGAGAUGCGCACUUCGAAUGUCUUCUCUUGUAGUUAGAUUCACCAUUGCACUCCCCAUUGCUAGUAAGAGUAUCACCUUCUAGAGGGUUUCUUUCUUUUUGUUUUUUUUUUUUUUGUUUGUUUUUUUUUUUUUUUUUUAGAAUAGUUUAGCUCCUCCCACUCUGUGUUACAGCACCAGUUCACCGACGUGUGCAAAGAGAGAGAGAGGAGAGAGAGAGUGGGAAAGAGAUGCGCACUUCGAAUGUCUUCUCUUGUAGUUAGAUUCACCAUUGCACUCCCCAUUGCUAGUAAGAGUAUCACCUUCUAGAGUGUUUCUUUCUUUUUGUGUUUUUUUUAAAACACCUGCAAUUUUAUUCAUAAUAACGUGUUCCCGUAUUGCCCUUAGGCCAUGGGAGGGGGGCGGGGGUGUUCCCCGUGUAUCCUGAGGCCAAGAAACGCUAGUCUUAAGCAACGUCAUGUCCAAAGGUUCAUGACUAUCAAUGUAGUCUGCAAUUAAUUUGCGUUAUCACUAAUGGACCAACAAUUUAUUACAUCUUCAUGUUUUAUCCAGUGAAGAAGUUACAUUAUGGUUCUCCUUACUAAAUUAUAAUUAAAUGGAUAUGAUAUGGGUAACGUGUACAGCAGAUCCAUGGAUACUAUCGAAAGACAUCGAAGCAUUAUUACAUAUAAUUCAAUGGAUAUCAGUAACGCAUAUAGCAUAUCCUUGGACGUAUUUGAAAGUCAACGAAAAAUUAUUACUUAUGGUUGAUCAUGUAUCAACACAGCCAUACAAAUAUGUAUUUUUUUUUUAAAUUCGCCCAAGCUCCCCACCGACCCACCCCCAUUUAUCCCCAGCUUUUGUGAAUGACGUCAUGUCCGUAAUCACCCAUUAGUUUGUUCUGUUCACACUGCAUGGUGGAGUCAAGAUGAAUUGUUGCUCUUGUUGGCACUGUUUGCUUGUUGACCUUGAGAUUUCCGACACUUGAGUUUUUGACAAUGCUACAUGAUCCAGUCGAUUACCUGGCACAGAUCUCGCCAGCUACACACUAGUAGUGAGUUUGACAAUGCUAAGCGAAUCAGUGAUAAGCUCGCACGGAUCUUGACAGCUAUGAGGAGAGAACCCAAUUCACUCCCGUACAUAUCUCCAUAUGAUAUUAUUAACUACACUUUACAGGCGUUCUCUCCUUCAUUUACGUAGAAAAAAAAAAAAAAAAGCAAAACUUUAGUUAGUCAUUUGGAGUGCUGCACACAGACACACACACACACACACACACACACACACACAGACACACACACAAAAAUAAAGAUGUCUUUUUUUUUUUACUUAAAAAAUAUAAAUUUUGCAGUAGAGUUGAUCAUAUUUUAUUUUGUUCUUGACUUUUGUGUAUUUUCAGACCUGUUGACGCCAAUGAAGCGAAGCGAGCCAUGGAGGUCAGUGAAAAAAACACAUUGAACUAAAUAAUGUCAUAGAUGGCGUGCUAAAAAAAUCUUUUGAUCUUUUCUCGUGUAUUUUUUCAUCUCAUAAAAGUGUGCAACUUAAAAAUAGUUUGGUCGAUGUUGUUGUAAUGAAAUGAUAGUGUGUAGUCGCUUAUCCUAAGGACUGGUUUGACUUCUGUAGGAUAUCCUAACGACUGCUUGGACUUGUGUAGCUUAUCCUAACCACUGGUUUGACUCGCGUCCAUUCUUUACUCCUCCAGGAAGCCAAGAGGGCCCGUCUGGAGAAGCAGGCUGCUGACCUGGCUGAGUACGAGGAGAUGAGGAAGGCCGAGAAAGUCAAGGAGGAGGAGGAGAUCCGCAAUCUCAGAGAGAAAAGGGUGGGUUUGUCAGGAAAGGUUGGGUUUGUUAUGAAAUGGUGGGAUUGUAAUGAAAGCUUGGGUUUGUCAAGAAAGGUUGGGUUUGUUAUGAAAUUGUGGGUUUGUCAUGAAAUGGUGGGAUUGUCAUGAAAUGGUGGGUUUGUCAGAAAAGGGUGGGUUUGUCUUAAAAUGGUGGGUUCGUCAUGAAAUGGUGGGUUUGUCAUGAAAUUGUGGGUUUGUCAUGAAAUUGUGAGUUUGUCAUAAAAAGGUGGGUUUGCAUUGAAAUUGUGAUUUUGUCAUGAAAUUGUGGGUUUGUCAUGAAAUUGUGGGUUUGUCAUAAAAAUGUGGGUUUGUCAUGAAAUGGUGGGUUUGUCAUAAAAUGGUGGGUUUGACAUGAAAAGGUGGGUUUGUGUGCUGAACACUUAUUUGGCUUGUCUCAGUGGUUCAAAUCAUGUGUUCCACCCCCACCCCUUAAUUUCAACCGUUCAUUUCAGAAAUGGAAUUCUUUCAUUUGUAUUUCAUUCCAUUUUCUUCUUCUAGAUCCAACGCCAGAAGGAACGAGUUGAGGAGGAAAAGAGGCUGACCGAGCUGAGGGCUCAAGAGGAGGUCAGGAGGAAAGCUGAGGAGGUAAGAAAAGUGUGAGCGUUAAAGAUGUGCUUCCAUGGCAACCGGAGUAACACCACAUAUCACACGCUAGAUGGAGACCCGCUUAAGAAGAGGGGGGGGGGGGGGAAGAAAAAUUACUGUUUUAUUUUCCUACAUCAAUGGUAAUUUGGGGGUCAUGGUGUUAUGUCGGCACAAUUGGCGUUUCAGUGUCGUAUCCUCGAGGUCCUAGUUUUUUGGGAAGAUUAAAAAAAAAAAAAAAAUUAUAUAUAUAUAUAAAUCUAAAUAUAUAAGAAAGCAAAGAACAAACAAUAUGAAAUUAUUUUUUUUCUAAAUAAGAAUUGUCCUAUGAGAUUCUUUGAGUAAAAGUAUUUUUGUAACAAGAGAAGUGUAGUUUUUUCUCUACCCCGAUAUUCUCAUUUAAGAAUGUCAAAUCACCGCUUAUAAAAAAAAAAAAGUGCGUUAUUCAAGAAAAAGAAAUUUUCUAUAAGUUUAAUAGCAAAAAAGAAAAAUAAAAAAAAUAAAGGAAGAAGUUAAAUACAAGAAGAAUUUGUUUACAGGAAGAAAGAAGAAGGAAGAAGCAGGACGAGGAGGUCAGGGUCAAGGACGACCGCGAGAAGAAGAAGCGGGAGGCGGAGGAGAGGCUCAAGCCCAAGGGACGCAACUUCAAGAUCUCCAAGAAGAGCGACUCGGAAAAGGUGGCUGGUUCAGUGAGUCAUCUAGUGGCUAUUGCGGUCUUACAGACAGACACUUAGGGAGACACACACCAUUUGUCUUACAGAGAGACAUUGAGGCAUACACAUAAAAACAAAACACAUGGGUGUAUUAAAAACAUACACUCGUGGACUAAACACAUAGCUAUUAUACAGAAAUACACACAAUUACUAAACACAACCACUUACACAAAAAAAAAAUUAGGCAUUGAAUCCUAAUUUGUCUAAUACAUAAAAACGCGUGUUUUUGGGGAACUCAAACAUACACCAAACACAUAUCUCUCACACAAAGACACACAGCGACUCAACACCAUGUGUCCUGCACAACUUUUUUUACAGACACGCACGGCCAGUAAGCAUAGAAUGUUAACAAGAACUUGGACAUGAAAGACUUCGAUGAGGCUAGGAUCUGUAAAGACCCACAUAUAACACACGUAUGAUUCUAAAAGACUAGAUGUAUGGGGGGAGGAAGUAAACAUACCAGAAAGGAAGUCACAUUUUUUAUGAUGGACUGAUAUCAUCUCAAAACAUAUUCCAAUGGUGGGCUGUGACAUAUGCCAAUUGUUAUAUAAAAUUUCAAAUAGAGAACUGCGUAAUAUACAAUCAACAACAAAAUUCACUAAAAAUACGUUCCAAAUCUCUGAAUAAAGAUAUUAUUGACGCUCAAUCGCUAGUAAUUUAAUACUUUUAAAUUCUACCGAGACGGAAGGGUGAAAAAUUAUUUAUUUUUAACCAAAGGAACAAAAAAAUGGAAGUGAAGAAAAAAGUAUCUUUUAAACCCCAACUACUACACAAUUCGAUUUUUAUUUUUAAAAAAAACAGGGGGAGACAAUCACAACCCUCAAGAGGAUAACUCACACUAGAAGACCGCAAUGUAGUUCCAUCCGUUCAGUGUGCUCAUUGUCAUGUGUUCCUACGCUAACCCCAUUCAUCUGUGAUCUGUAUUUACGUUUAGCUGCACUAACCAGUAAAGACGUAUCUUUAAGUUUCUGAAGAUGAUUCUCUUCGUUUACUGCUAGAUCUUUUUCUUUUUUUUCCGGCAAUGUUACUUUUUAGUUCAGAUUACUGCGGGAAUGUUACUUUAGUUCAGAUUACUGUUGCUGAUUUAUUUCUUCCAAAUCUCCUGGUUGCCAUGUCUCGCUUUCGUCUUUUUUUCCAUAAUAAAUUAAUUGUUAGCUAGCAACGGUUUUAAGAGCAGUUAAUGAAAGUGAAACAAGGAUAUUGUAAAAAUUAUCAAUGAACAAAGAAGCAAGGUACAUAUUCAAAAAAAACUAUUCAAUAAUUUAUAUGAUCUCAGAAUAUGAUCAUUAAAUAUGAUCUCAGAAUAUGAUCAUUUAUAUGAUUUCAGGAAUCUUUCAUGCACAUUAAGUUAUUUUUUUUUUGUUUUUACAUUAAAAAUUGGAUACUUUGCUUCAUUGUUACUAAAGUAACUUAUUUACUAAAGUAAAUUCUUUGCUAAAGUGACUUAUUUAAAUGUAAUAUAUUUGGUUAGUAACUAUUAAUAUUACUAAAAAGAAAUAUUUUUUUUACAAUUUAAAUAAAUUAAAAUGUUACUCAAAAUUUUGCAGCUUUUAAAUAACAUUGCAAAGAUUUCAUUUUUUUUUUAGUUUUUAAUUAAAAAUGAAUCAAUUAAUGCUAAUUUUUUUUUUUUUAAAUUAAUUUAACCAUAAUUCAAUUAUUCUUUGCUCAGUUAAGUUAAGCUGUUGAUAUAUUUAGUUGAUUAAACGCUUCAACUUGUUCUAGCUCUCAAGUCUCUCACAGCGACUUAUUGAUCUAUUGAUCUUUUGAUCUUUUAAGCCAGAUCUCCUUACGACCUUUCCCAGGGUCGGAUACAAAAUUUUAUUAGGGAAACAACUUUUACUUUACUAUAAACGAAGACUUUAAGACCUGUUGAGAGAUUACUGCUAAAACAAAUAGUCUUCCAUUGGCGUAUCUACACCUGCUGUGGGUUCUCAGAGGCGGCGCCACCUUUGACCCUCUUUGGUAGAGAAAUAAAAUGAAAGUUGAAUUAAAUUCUAACAUUUGUUUUAAAGUUUAAAUUGUCGAACAUUAUUUUUUUUUAAACUGUUCUACAACUAAAUUAAAACCAUAUUGUUAACUAUAUACAUUUUUAAAAUGAAACCAGGCCUGCUCCCUGUAAGAAUUGAACAAGCACUGCUCCCUAUUAAAAAAGAAUGAAACAAUGUCUUCUCCCUUUGAGUUCGGGGUUCUAAAGCCAAUGGGCCCAAUAAACGGCAGUGGUGAUUACGCCUUUGGAUCUAUUGUGAUUUUCAAGUACAAAAGACAUGUUUUUUUUUUCUUUUGUUUUCAAUGUCUCAUACUCAUACUAACACUUCCAUCUCUACAGGGCGGAUCUGAAGUGGUAACUACAAUUGAUUUUACAAUUAGCGUGGACAGAACUUUUUGUUUAUGUUUAUAUAUAUAUAUAUUUUUUUUUAUUGUGCAACCCAUCCAUCCAUAUCAACCCCGUAUAUAUAUCAGCUACAUAUCAACCCAUGUUAUGUUAAAAAAAAAAUAACUUUUUAAUGCAUUUUUAUUUUUUUAGUAAAAAAAAAUUCAAGACAGUUCCAGCCUUGCUUUUGACGAUACACUUAUCUUUAAAAAAAAAAAAAAAAAAAUAACUUUUUAAUUCAUUUUUAUUUUUUUAGUAAAAAAAAAUUCAAAACAGUUCCAGCCUUGCUUUUGACGAUACACUUAUCUUUAAAAAAAAAAAAAAAAAACUUAAUGAUACAGAAUUUCAGGAGUAUAGCACAAUUCUUUCAUUUAUUAUUUUGACAAUAAAAAUUCAUUAUUUACUGCAGUUGUCACUGAGACAUAUUAUUGAAUGAUAAAAAAAUAUAUCUUUGUGUAGAUAUUUCUUUUUUUAAAGACCAGUAACUCAACAUAAUCCCAGCUAUUUAAAAAAAACAAAAACAAAAAAAAACAAGGCAAGCUGUGUUGUCAAGACGAGGCUGGAGUGAUCUCCCUCCUAUUCCUGAUGUUAAGAUUAACUUUGGAUGUUCUAUGUUCCAUGUACAAAUAUAUCCCACCUGUAAUCCCGCAUUUUUGCAUAGUUUAUCUAAAUCCACAUGCAGCCGAGUUACAAUAAAAUAGAUCUAUCGUCUUCUGAACAAACCUUUGUGCCCCACCAACUAGCCCCUUAACCCCCACCCCACCCUACCCCCGUCACUCUUCCACAAUCUCUCUCGUCAAUUAACUGAAAGAUGGGCUAACUGACAGAUCGACUGACUGACAGAUUGACUGACUGACAGAUGGGCUGAUUGACAGAUCGACUAAAUGACAGAUCGACUGGCUGACAGAUGGAUUAACUGACAGAUCGACAGACUGACAAAUGACUGACUGACAGAUGUACUGACUGACAGAUGGACUAAAUGACAGAUCGACUUACUGACAGAUGGACUGACUGACAGAAAGACUGACUGACAGAUGGACUGAAUGACAGAUGGACUGACUGACAGAUGGGCUGACUGACAGAUGGACUGGCUGACGAAUGACUGACUGACAGAUGGACUGACUGAAAGAUCGACUGACUGGCAGAUCUACGGCCAUAUAAUUUAAUUAAAAUAAUACAUUUCCCAUUCAAUAAGGUAACACACACGAGAACAUGGGUUGCAUGGGUUGAACAGGAACAUUUGCAUGGGUGAAAAAGGAACAUAUGCAUGGGUUAUGGCUAAGACAUUGAUCUUGCACUGGGUUACUAGUAAUGAAGUAAAAAUUAAAUGUUAAAAGAACAUGCAAUAUUUUUGCACUUGCUUUCAUUGUAUGUCACCACAAGGUAUCAAGUCACCCCAACCUAGGUUUGUGCAUCAUUUUGAGAGUAGGAUUGUUUUGUCAUUAUUUUUGUUAUAUAAUUAUACAAUUUAUGUGUUUAUUUUACAAGGGUGCCAAAUAUUUCUCACAAAACCAGACCAGUGCAGCUAAGGUUUGAGAGAUGUUAAACCUUUUUUUUUUUUUUUUCCUUUUAAGUGGGUGGAGUUUUCCUAAGCAAAUUUAUUUUGGAAAUGAGUAAUUGUAAAACUGAUUUUUUCUCAAACAUAACCAUUUGGGGGGGGGGGGUGUGUUAGGUUAAAAUUAAAAAAUGGAUUGGUUUGCAGUAUAGAUGCGAGUUAAGGGAUUGAAUCAAUAGCUAUAAGAGAUUGGUUUAAAGUCGAGUUACAAAUGUGGUUUAAUCAAUAGCUAUAAGAGAUUAGUUUAAAGUUGAAAAAUUGUUGUUAAAUUUAAAACAAAAAUUCUAAAUAAUGUACCCUGAUACAAAAACGUGUGCUGUGAUUUUGAAAGAGAGGAAAAGGGGGAAGGGUGGGGGGAGAAGAGGUCUUAAAUAGGCUUUCGUUGGCCAGGUGUUUUUCCCAAAUAAGUAAAAAAAUUUGAAUAAGCUUGAUGAUAACAAUUAAUGGGUUAUCAAAGCUAACCCCACCCCCCAAAAAAAAAUAUUUUGUUAUUGUAACCCCGUUGAAUGCAUUUAUUUUACGUACUUAUUUUAUGGGCAUUUCACUUUUUUGUUUGGCUUUUUUAUUUUUAAAAACUAAAUUAUAAAUACUACUUUCAACUAAAACCACUACUGAGAAUGUGCACUGUGCAUGUCAUGUCGCUACUCUCUAACACCGCACACACUUGCCCUAUCAUUUAAAUUGUAAACACUAAGUUUCCCUGAUACAUGCUUGUGACAUUGACAUUGUUUUUCCCGAUGUGUAAAGAAAAUUGAGAUUUCUAUUCGGGGAAAAUAACUUGAACCAAAUAGACGCCCAUCAGCAACACAAUUUUACACGUAAAUAGUUAUGUUUUAUUGUGCAAGUACAAAAAUGUAUUCUGAUAAGAAGUAUGCUUUUUAUUUUUUUUAAAUAGUUUUUUUUUUUAUUUUAAAAUUGUAUUGCUUCAAAAUGAGCGCGAUGCUCCAAGGGAUUCUUUUCUUUAAAAAAAAAAAAAAAUUGAAAAUUCUAAAUGUAUUUGUAGAGGUUGGUACAAGGGGUAUUGAUUGUAAGGGCAAAGGGUAUUGAUGUAGAUACCAGGGGCAUUUUCUAGAGUAACAAUUAUUUUAACACCGCAACACUUUUAUUUCAUAUGUCAACACAAUAAACACAUUUUUUUCUAUUGAAAAUUAUUGCACACAAAAAUAAGCUAAUUUAUUCAAAUAAGUUUUUAAAUUUUAGUAAUAAAACUUUAUUUAUUCAAGAUUAACGUAAUUUAUAUAUAUUAUAAUUAAUUUUCUUGUAAACUUUUAAAUCAACUAAAUAAUUUAAAUACUACUUUUAAUUUUUAAACUUUAAAUUUUUUUUUUCUUUUGUGUGGUAGUGGGGGUGCUUCUUUAGAAAUGCCCGUAUAGUAUGCAGGGUGAAAUGAUAUUCUAAAAGCAAAUUUCAAACAUGUAUUUUUUAUUCUAGUUCCUUUCUCGGGCAAAACAAUUUUGCUUACUUGCCUUCACCCUCUCCAUCCGCGUGUAGACUUCUCCAGCUCUCUUUCUCUCCUGCACACAAUUGAUCACUUUAUCUUUCUUUGUUUUUUCACGACUUAAGAAUCUGCUUUUUUUUUCCCCCUUUCCCCAAUGUCUGACCUUCACCCCGUAACGGGUCACGGUAUUGUUGACAGGCCAGCAGACUGUGACACAGGUCAUUGUGACACGGGUCAUUGUGACACAGGUCAUUGUGGCACAGGUCAUGAUGACACAGGUCAUUGUGACACAGGUCAUGCUGAGCUUUCACGGUGUUAUUUCCCCUUCCUAGCAGUCGGCUGGUCUCAUGUCUUCAUUUGCCUGACACGCGAAUAUUUCUAUGGCCUUGUACCAUCUUUAACUUUUCAAUGGCUUCUACGUCAUCCGUGAGGGUUGACAACUAAGGUACCAAAACCUCUGCACUGCUUGUCUGAAUCUUUUUAGUUCCAAAUUUUCUUCACGUACCUUCAAAGUUGCAGUGUGGAUUAAAAUGCUCUCCAGGCACAUUCAUUUUCUUAAGAAUUAGAUUAGUCGUGCAAAAGACUAGAUUCUGUGAGCGUUUCUGACCACUCCAUCUAAGUCGUUAGCGUAGAACACAUGUGAUCUGUUCACGGUGCCUUUGUUAAAUGUUUGUUACACUUGUGCUUAAGCUGGACUCUAUCAUGAGCAAGGAGGAGCUCCAGAAGUCCAAGGAGCAACUUGAGGAGGAGAAGCAGGCCAUCCUGGCCCAGAGGAUUCAGCCCCUCAGCAUUGAAGGUAGGUCAGUGGAUGUCACGGGCUACAAAGAGAAGAUAUAACUGGGGUAGCACGAAUCUGUGACCUAAUGGGGGUAGCGCGAAUAUGUGAUUAAAAGGGGGUAGCACGAAUCUGUGACCUAAUUGGGGUAGCACGAAUAUGUGACUAAAUCGGGGUAGCAUGAUUGUGUGACCUAAUGGGGGUAGUAUGUAACCUAGUGGGGUAGUACGAAUAUGUUACUUAAUGGGGGUAGCGCGAUUAAAUAUGCUACUAAAUGGAGGUAGCACGAAUGUGUGACCUAAUGGGGGUAGCACGAAUAUGUGACUAAAUGGGGUAGCACGAAAUUGUGACCUAAUGGGGAAAAACGAAUAUGUGACCUAACGGGGGAAGCACGAAUAUAUGACCAAAAUGGGGUCGCACGAAUAUUUCACCUAAUGGGGUAGCACGAACGUGAGACUAAUGGAGUAGCACGAAUAUAUGACCUCCAGGACUUGCGCAAAAGGGUAGAGAAAAAUUGAAAUGUCCCUAACCGGAACAAAACAAAAAUUUAUUAAAGUAUUGUUUACAAUAAUUCUGACUAACCUAGAUCUCUGUCUUAUGAUGACCAGUGGGACUCUGAUUCAUUUGGAACAUUCUAAGAUCAGCGUUUGUUAUUUACAGUCGGGUGGGCAUAACGCUGAGCUAGCGGUGGUAAACCAUUUAUUGGCUGCGAAUUGCCUUGAGUUUCAUUCCCAGAAGAGACCAUAUAGGGAAUCUUCUUUUUAGAUAGCGUUCAACGGUUGGCUGAAAUUGAAAGGAAAUAAAUUAGACUUUUGAGAAUCAGACACUUGUCAAGUGCUCCCCCCACCCCACCCCACCCCCCCCCCCAAAAAAAAUGCAUUAAAAAAGAAGAAAUAUCUACUUAUAAAACGGUAUACCAUAAAGCCGGAUUAAUAAUAACCGGAAUAAACAAAUAUUCCCUCUAAUAAACCCUUGAAACUCUCCCAUCUUUGUAUCCCCAGGCCUGACUUCUGAAAAACUGAUCGAGAAGGCCAGGGAGUUCAAUGAGCACAUCAAGCGCCUGGAGGGAGACAAGUAUGACCUGGAACAGCGCUUCAAGAGACAACAAUAUGACGUAAGUGACCUAGUUCUUUGUUGUCCGUGGCCGUUGAGCCGGGCGCACACCAGAGAAUUUCUUUCGUUAAGCGGAAGGGUAAGGGUAAGGGUUAGGGUUAGGGUUAGGGUUAGGGUUAGGGCAAGGGUAAGGGUUAGGGUUAGGGCAAGGGUAAGGGUUAGGGUUAGGGUUAGGGUUAGGGCAAGGGUAGGGGUUAGGGUUAGGGCAAGGGUAAGGGUUAGGGUUAGGGUUAGGGUUAGGGUUAGGGUUAGGGUUAGGGUUAGGGUUAGGGUCAGGGUUAGGGUUAGGGUUAGGGCUAGGGUUAGGGUUAGGGUUAGGGUUAGGGUUAGGGUAAGGGUUAGGGUUAGGGUUAGGGCUAGGGUUAGGGUUAGGGUUAGUAAGGGUAAGGGUUAGGGUUAGGGUUAGGGUUAGGGUUAGAGUUAGGUUUAUGGUUAGGGUUAGGGUCAGGGUUAGGGUUAGGGUUAGGGCAAGGGUUAGGGUUAGGGUUAGGGUUAGGGUUAGGGCAAGGGUAAGGGUUAGGGUUAGGGCAAGGGUAAGGGUUAGGGUUAGAGUUAGGGUUAGAGUUAGGUUUAUGGUUAGGGUCAGGGUUAGGGUUAGGGUUAGGGCAAGGGUUAGGGUUAGGGUUAGAGUUAUGUUUAUGGUUAGGGUUAGGGUUAGGGUUAGGGUCAGGGUUAGGGUUAGGGUUACGGUUUGGGUUAGGGUAAGGGUAAGGGUUAGGGUUAGGGUUAGGGUUAGAGUUAGGGUUAUGGUUAGGGUUAGGGUUAGAGUUAGGGUUAUGGUUAGGGUUAGGGUCAGGGUUAGGGAAAGGUUUAGGGCUCUAGUGGUACAAUAACAAGCUUGAGAAUCUCCUGUUAUGAUUGGUGAGGUGCCUUAACUGUGGUUUUCUUGUGAAUAUUAAGUGUAGUUUUGUUAGGUGUAAUAAAUGCCCGUUUUUUUACAACGUGAUCAUGAAAUUAUUAUUUAAAAAUAAUCUCUGAACAGAUGAUCGAGCUAGCUGAGCGUGCCAGGCAGAUGAACAAGGGCAAGGCCAAGCGUGGAGUGACCACCGUCCAAGUCGACGAAUCGUAAGUUUACUUUAGCUGCCUGAAAUGAAUAAAAAAUAUAUAUAUAUGCAGAAUGAAUUGCUACCUCUGAACAAGCUGCACGACAUCAAUCAGUCCAUCAAUCAAUCAGUCAAUCAGUCAAUCAGUCAAUCAGUCAAUCAGCCAAUCAGUCAAUCAGUCAAUCAGUCAAUCAAUCAGUCAAUCAGUCUAUCAAUCAGUCAAUCAAUCCAUACAUUAUGUUCCUAUUCCUUCUCAAUUUCAUAAAACAUUUUAAUUCUAGUUUGUUUUUAACUCUAAAGUUCAAUUUUUCAUCUUUUUUUUUUUUUGUAAUUGAUUAGCCCUUGUCGUAGUCUUAAGUCAAGUUGAUUAGCCAUUGUUGUAGUCUUAAGUCAAGUUGAUUAGCCCUUGUUGUAGUCCUAGGUCAAGUUGAUUAGCCCUUCUUGUAGUCUUAAGUCAUGUUUAUUAGCCCUUGUUGUAGUCCUAGGUCAAGUUGAUUAGCCCUUCUUGUAGUCUUAAGUCAAGUUGAUUAGCCCUUGUUGUAGUCCUAGGUCAAGUUGAUUAGCCCUUGUUGUAGUCCUGGGUCAAGUUGAUUAGCCCUUCUUGUAGUCUUAAGUCAAGUUGAUUAGCCCUUGUUGUAGUCCUAGGUCAAGUUGAUUUGCCCUUGUUGUAGUCUUAAGUCAAGCCGAUUUGCCAUUGUUGUAGUCCUAAGUCAAGUGGACUUGCCCUUGUUUUAAUUCUAAGUAAAAUUGAUUGGCCCUUGUUUUAAUUCAAAGUCAACUUGAUUUGCCGUUGUUUUAAUUUUGAUUGAAUUAAAUGCAUUGACAUUGUUAAAUAUAUGGGUUAUCUUUCUUUUUCAGCUUUGAUCGUCUGGCUGACAAAUUUACCAGUGCUCCAGUAAGUGGCCUUGAAUCAAUGGCAGUAGAUUUUAAAUAUGUGAAAGUAGAUUUAAAUAAAUGGAAGUAGAUUCAAAUAAAUGAAAGCAGAUUAAAAUAAACGGAAGUAGAUUCAAAUAAAUGAAAGUAGAUUUAAAUAAAUGGAAAUUGCGUUUCAUAAAUGAAGGUAUAUUUAUUAAAAUAAAUAUAACGUCUAGUAAAUAAAAGUAUCUUUAAAUACAAAACAUUUAUAUUUUUUGUAAGUAGCUUCAAAUAAUACCCCAGUAUUUGAUAGUUGGGUUCUCAACAAACCAACGAUUAUGAUUAUAUUUGGGCUCUCGACAAACCAUCGAUUAUGAUUAUAUCAAUAUAUGAAGUUACUUGUUAAUAUGUUCCGUCUCGAUUUUUUUAGAGGUACUUUAGGGGUGGUGGGUGUUGUCUCGGGGAAAUCCCGCAAUUCUUAUAAUAAUAAUAAGAAGAAGACAUACAAGUGAUGAAAAUAAUAAACGUAUUUCAUGCUACUGAAAACGUAGACAAAAUAGUUUUAUAAAGUUUGAUUUCUUUGAGUAAUAACAACACAAUACUUUAUCCCAGCUACUUUCAUCGAAGUGGAUAUAGCCAAACAACUGACGUAAUAUCAAUAACGUGCCUUAAGUUUAGGAGAUGGUUGCUUAUUGGCUAUACAAACCCGAUGGUCAUGACCCUAGUCGCCUCAGUUCAUGGCCAUAUCAUUAAACAAUUGUGUUCACUCAUCCAUGACCACAUCACCAUUGACACCUUGCCGCCUAAAUGAAUGACCUGAUCAUUAACCUCUUGCCUCCCCCCCCCCCACUCCCUCAGCCAAAGAUCCAGCUGUGCAGCAAGUACGAGCGCCACACUGACCACCGAUCCUACAAGGAAAGAAUGGUGCUUUUCGAAGACCUUGCCAAGGAGCCCCCACCCCCUGAGAUCAAGAGGAUCAGCAAGACCGUGACGCCCUCUCCCGCCCCCGAGGCCGCUGAGUAG